AUGUCUUUGCUCCGUCAACGUCGCGCCGACGACGAAAUCAAUCAGACAGCGACCCAUGAGACCCUUCCGCAACACCAGAAAGAUGCCGAAAUCGCAAACGAUGAGAAGAAACACCCGCGAGUCUUGGGCCUCUUUCGAGUACAAUCGACCGGCGAAAGUGGGAGGACAGGGUUCGAUCCAUUGCAUUUCUUCCACAUUUGCUUUCGGAGCACCUGCACGCUAUCGAUGAUCGUUAAUGUUCUCUGGCCGUUUGUCCCCGCUGCAAUUGCAAUGGGAUUCGCUAGGAAGGAUCUAAAUAUUUGGGUGUUUGCGCUUAACUAUAUCGCCAUAAUACCGACGGCCAAUUUACUUGGAUUCGCAGGAGGAGAAUUGGCGCGCAAAUUGCCGCGUGUUUUCGGAGUGCUGCUAGAGACAUCAUUGACAUCUGCAGUAGAGAUAAUCUUGUUCAUGGUUUUAGUCAAGACCGGUACCGGAGAAGAAUUGAUCAAUGUCAUUCAGGCGGCCAUCCUAGGCUCGAUCCUGGCGAAUCUAUUGCUCUGCUUGGGACUGUGCUUUUUCUUCGGCGGUAUGAGACGCGAUGAGCAGAUAUUGCACGAAGCGGUCAGCGAGGUUGGGUCGGGCUUGCUUCUUGUUGCUGGAUUUGGACUUUUGAUUCCGAGCGCUUUCCAUGCGACGUUGACGAGCGCGGUGACGGAUGGAACUAUCACGAGCGAAGAGCUUCAGGAUACCACUAACAGAGUCAGUCGAGCUACUGCGAUCAUUUUGCUCUGUGCUUAUUUCAUGUUCCUGUGGUACAACUUGCGCACCCACAACAGCAUUUUCGACGAAGUCCUCGAAAAUGAAGAGAACAAGGACGAAGACGGCGAAACCGAACACUUCCGACCAAAGCUCACCCUUUUCGAGAGCAUUCUAGCCAUUGUUGUUUCACUUACACUCGUCUCUCUUUCGGCGUAUUUCCUGGUCGAACAGAUCCCGUCCAUCGUUGAGCGAGGUGUGCCGGAUAACUUCAUGGGUCUGAUUCUGGUUCCUCUUGUCGAAAAGGCGGCCGAGCAUUUGACUGCAAUUGAUGAAGCUUGGGAUAACCAAAUCAACUUUGCUCUUUUCCAUUGUCUCGGACCUUCCAUUCAAACGGCCCUACUCAAUGCACCCUUGGUUGUUUUGGUUGGUUGGGGAUUGGGUAAAGAGAUGAACCUCAACUUUGAGAUCUUCAUGGUGGUCCUGCUUGUCCUGUCUAUUCUCGUCGUGGGCAACUUCUUACGUGACGGCAAAUCCAAUUACAUGGAAGGUGGACUUUGCGUGCUUGUCUAUGUGAUUAUUGCUGUUACUACAUGGUACUAUCCCUGA